CGCUCGCUAGCAUGGCUGCUACAGCGCGCUGACGUAAGAAUCCGAGAAGAAGGCGGAAGUCAGUCGGCGAGAGGACGAACAUUAGCAAUAUUUCAAGUGCGUGUUUAGUUUUUAGUGCACUCGCUAAAAAAGCCGUCACAAUGUUGAAAGAGUUGGUGAAGGAGCGACUCUUGGCGGCAGCCGAUGAAAUAUUCGCGCUGUUUGAAAGCACGAUAGCGUCGUACGAGGAGGAACUUUCUCGAACGAGAGAGAAGGAGCGACGUCGACAACACCUGGAAGUUGAUUGUGAAAGUCCAACUGUGCUGCACUUGGAAGAUAUCCAAGGGAGCGCCACAGUAAGGCAGAAGGAUCCACAGCUCCCCCGCAUUAAAGAGGAAGCAGAGGAACUCUGGAUUACUCGGGAGGAAGAGUGCCUUCGGGGGCAGACGGAGGCUGAUCUCACCAAGUUGCCACUGACCUUUGUCUCUGUGAAGACUGAAGAUGAUGAAGACGAAUCCUCACAGCUUCGUCACAGUCCAAGUGAGGAGAACAUAGUGGCGUGGGAGCCUCCGAGUAGCAGCUCACUACAACACAGGACCACUAAAGCGGAUGGAGGAUCACAAGCAGACGACCUCAUAGCUCCACUGUCAGAUAGUGACGACAUGACGUCUCACUCUGCCGAGGAUGAAGACAGCGACGACAACCAAGAAACUUUGAGCAGAGAUACAGACUGUGAAGGUGAUGACAAACACUCUGAACGCUCUAAAAGGAGGACGGGGAAACCACGUUGGACCUGCUCAGUUUGCGAUAAAUCUUUUUCUUUUAAGAGUGAUUUUGCUCAACACACGAGGACGCACGCGGGUGAAACACCAUAUUCCUGUUCGGUGUGCGCAAAAACAUUUACCCGACACAGCAAUUUGACAGCACACUUGCGCACGCACGACGGGAAAAAACCUUUUCGUUGCACCGUCUGUGGUAAAGAAUUCCCCAGAAAAGUACGCAUGGAAUCCCACAUGUGGACUCACACGGGACAAAAACCUUUCUGUUGCUCGACAUGUGGCAAAACGUUCAUCACAAAUGUCUCUUUGAUUGGACACCAGAGAACACACACCGGGGAGAAACCUUUUAGUUGUUCAGUUUGCGAUAGAAGAUUCUCUCAGAAGUCAAACAUGAGGUCACACAUGAGAACACACACAGGGGAAAAACCGUUCACUUGUUCAUUUUGUGCUAGAACGUUCUCUCGGCAUGACAAUCUGAUGUCACACAUGCGGAUACACGACAGAUGCACAAACACAAAUGUUUCCCUGCCUAGUUAGUGCCUCAAAACAGUGUGAUGUCACCUAGAAAGUCAUUAUGUACAUUUAAUACUUAGACUUAGACAAACUUUAUUGAUCCACAAUGUAUAUUGUUGUACUAAAUAUACUUUAUAUACGUUAUACUAAAAGACUAAAGUUAGUGUGCCGUUUAAAAAACCCCAGCUAUACUACUUUCAAUCAACUAUGAUGUAAAUAUGAAAGAAAUAUGUUCUAUCGCCUUCUGCUGAAGUAUACAUCAAUGAUUAUAAAGAUGUACUUAUGUUGUUAAAUUGUUUAAAUACGGGUAAAAAAAGGAAUUGUGAAAAAACUGCAUACAUACUUCAA